GCGUGUGUCAAGCUUCUUUUACGUCGUCGGACUCCUCGCGUAUUGUACACGCUAAAAUUACAACGAUGCCUCGGUGGCAUUCCCCAAAACGCCGUAGGAAUUCAAGCUCAAGGUCUCCUCAGAAGGACAGGUAUGGGUCAAAGAAACGGUUUGUCUCACGAUCACGAUCAAGAAGUAGGAAGAGAUCUCCCCAGCAAUACAGUCGAAGUCCAUCUCCAAGAUACAGGCCUGGCAAUAGACCUGGUUAUGACCAGUCAGGAAGGAAACGUUCCAGUUCACCAAUCUCUAAGAGGAAGCAGCAACACUCAUCCUUGAACAGAAAUUCAUCACCAAUUCACCGCAAUAGAUCAUUUUCACCAUCAUCAAGAAGGAUAGAUUCUCCAAACCGAUACAAAGACCCACCAUCAGGAAAAGAUAAAAGAUCUGGUGAUUACUACAAAUCUAAUGUUAGAGGCAGAUCUUUCACACCAGAACAACAGAGGAAACGAUCUAUGACCCCUAAAAAACGCAGUGGAGGGAAAGAUUUUAUUAAAAGAAAUGCAAGAAGGAGUAGAAGUAGAGAUGGUGGAAAUACUAAGUCAUAUAAGAGAGAUCGUAGGAAUAGAUCUUCUUCAUCAUCGCCACAAAGAUCAAGAAGCAGGAAAAAAGAAUACUAUGAUGACCAGAAGCAUGAAUCCCAUGGAAUCAGACCAGAUGUUUCAUCAUCACCAUCAUCUAGUAGAAAACAUCACCACGAUAUUGAUCCAUCAGAAAUCCGUAUCAACAUCAAUCAAUCCAAGCCAUCACCACCACGUAAUAAAUUCAAUGUCGAAGAACUAGUGAUUCCUCGAAGGAAGGAUGAAGGAACCAAGCCCUUGUUUGACCGUCCAGAAUUGCGCCAGAGGUCUUACUACGAUACCCAAGAUUUUGAUGAGGAACGUCGCGUUGUCUCUGUGAAAAAAAAUAAUGACAAUGCUGGGUACGUACAGGGCAUGUCUGUUCAGGAAUUGGCAUCAAGAGAAAGGAAUACAAAACAUUCCCUAGAAUCCAUAACUAACCUUGACCAAUUCCAUAGAAACACCGCAACUUUUCAGUACAGUUCUCUGUCGAAGCUUGAUAUUGAUAAUAUAUCUGGUUCCAAAUUGAAUCAAAAUCCCUACCAGUCACAACAAAACACAUACAGUCAAAUAGAUCUACAGCCACGCCAUACAGUAGAAAACACCCACCAGACUGGAAGGAAUGACACGCCUAUGUUUUCUUUACCUACUGGUGAUCUAAGGCACUGUCUUAAAUCACGACGAUCUCCAAAAGACCAAAGUAGUCACUCCCAAAAAGAAAAGAGGAGUCAGGACAGAAACUAUAAGAGAUCACGGUCAAGAUCUUCUCAAGAUGUUGGUUCCAGGAACUUAAAGAAGGUUUCACCUGCUAAACACUCUGUGAGUGAAAGACUGCAGAAGUUAGCUAGCGGUAACCAAUCCCAAGAUAAUCUGCCGAACUUCCGUAAAGAAUUGGAAGAGAUUCAGAAGGAUGAGUGGAAGAUGAAUCCAACAAUUGUACCAAGAAGUAGCCAGUAUUUCGUGCAUGAUGAUCGUGGACGAAGAAAUAGUGUUGAUGAUAAGGGGCCUCCGAUAAAACCCAAAUCUGCCCAGACAGGAUUUUCCAAAUUCAGUAAGCGUGGCACUAGUUUUCGUGGUUUUGGCCGAGGUUCAAGCUACUCCAGUCGAGGAUUCAUUUCCAGAAGGGGUUUUGGCCGUGGAGUAGGCCGGGGAACUACAUAUUUUGGCCGAGGUGGUAAGCGAAGUCCAACAAACUGGAAGCAUGACAUGUAUGAUAAUAAAAGAGGAAGCAGAACAUCAAAGAGCAGUGAGAAUUCGAAAUAUCUUAAGCAUAGAAAGGAACAAAGCAACAGACCAUCAAGUACAGCAGGAAGAAAGUAAACAGAUUUGAUCAUUGUUUAUUUUGUACCCGAUUCACACAAAAUAGAAUGUUACACGCCUCCCAUGCUGGGGAAAUUUAGCAUGUGUGCCCUGCUACAUUCCAUCAAUGGAUAUGCACAUACAGUACUGGACUUGUAUUGAUUUGCAUGCAUCUUGUGUAAUAUUAAGGCAAUUCAACAAGAGGAUGCUCAUCUCCACUAAGAACAUAGCAUGUGCGUACACUCCUUUCAUCUUUACAGUGGCAUCAGCAAUCCGAUGCUAUUAGUGAUUAUAGUCAUCAAUUAUUAAUCUAUGCGUACCAUCUGUUUACAUCUGUCUUUUGACCAUGAGCUUGUUAAGUGUUUCUAUAAAAUACAAUUUGAUUCAUGAAAAUUGACAAACUAAAUGAAAAGUAGGAUAUGUCCAUGCCAGAGAUAAAAUCUUCAAUGUCCCGAGAUGAGCGUCCUUUUGUUAAAUUCCCUUUGUUAAUAUCCAUGUAAGAAAAACAGAUAAAACAAGAGACUUGUAACUUAGCAGGGAUGUGUACACUUGGUAACAGGGCACAGCUUGUCCUUCACUUUGAUGCUGCUACGUAUCUUCACUGCCUACUUAUAAAUUCUACCAACUUUAGCAAGGUUUGUAUUUUGCUUGUGUGAAGAAAACAGUAUAUUUGUAGGAAUAUUUUGGGACUGGAAUCCUUUGUAAUAUUUUGUUUUGAGUGAAUCUGGAUAUUAGAAGAGUUUUGUAACAGCCUACGUUGUUCUAUGACAGUAUGUGCUGUUGGUUUAUUGUAUUAAAAUGUUUUAACAAACAACCUGCUUUGUUUUUAAAUUUAUUCACAUUUGAUCUUUGAAUAUUAUGCUGUAAUUAUCUUAAGAAGUGAAUUUAUUUUUAGCUAAAAAAAGAUGCACUCAGUUGAAUGUCAUUGCAAGAAGGAGUAUAUAAAAAAGAACUACUUCUAGCAUUUUGAUAUCUACACAUUAUUGUAAAUGAUCAAUUGCACUUCAGCGCUUAAAACAUGUUUGGUAGUGUAAAGCUAAGCUUAUGUUGCCCUUGUGACUUGACUCAACUCAUCUGACAUCAACUGACCUUUGGCAACUUGCCAACAACUGCAAGCAACUGUGAUUCGCACCAUUGGAAGUGUCAUGGGCACUUCUGUCACCAGUUGCUCUCAGUUGCCCAUUCUCUAUUUUGCUGCGAUUCAAAGCAACUGACAAGCAAUGAAAUGAUCAUGUGAUAGAAACUGAUUAAUUUUGGUCUAUUAACUGUGUGUGUGCUAGCAUUAAUUUAUGGUGUAUUGCAGGGUAACCAGUUGUAGAUAGUCUACAGUCGGAAGUGACAUAGUGCUCCGGGAAACAAGUUCUCUGUACAGUAUUUGCGUGAUUGCGAGCGAAAGUUAAUAUAAAUGCUACCCCCAUCUAGUUGAGGUCAAUUGAAUUGAGUCCAGUUGCAAUG